CACCAGGACCGCGGCUCUCCCGGUCACAUCCCGGGGGUACUGUGAGCAGCCGGGUCACGUCCCGCUGUCCAUCCGUGUCCUUGCAGGUGGCUCCGGGCUGUCCUCAUGGCGGAGAAAUCGGACUCCCGAGACUCAGAGAGCAGCUGGGUGCUGGCGGGCAGCGAGGGUCUGCCCAUCGACACAGUGGGUCCAGAGCAGGAUUCCCACAGGACUAAGGAUGAGGAACUGCAGGAGGAGGAGGAGGAUGAAGGCACCCAGGAUACAGCCACAGCCAUGACCACCAAUGGUGCCACCACCUUCCCUGGCCAGACCCUACCCCCCGAGGUCAGUGGGCGGAGUGUGAGCCAGGACGGGGGGCCUGGGGGGCUGCUCCCCCCACGGGGACACCCCACACACCAGCACCUGUGCCUGCAGGACCCAGAGGAGUGCACGGAGCCCGGGGCAUGGGCAGUGCCUGCCCCAGAUGGCUCCACAGAGCCCAGUGUGACUGAGGGUGAUGAGCAGGAGGAGCCUGAUGCUGAGGCUGAGCCACAGUCCUGCCCUGGCAUCCCUAGAGCGGGCCAGGACCUCGCAGGGCAGUGCUCAGAGGCAGACCCUCCCUGGAGGUCUCCCCGUCCCCCAUCAGGGCCACAGACAGAGGAUGGGAGCUGCACCAGCAGUGACAAUGACACAGAGGGGCUGCGGCGGCGGCAGGGCCACAAGCCCCGUCCUGGACCCCCUACUGCCCCGCGCGCCCCGCACCGGAGGACACCGGACACUGGUGACGAGGAUGGGCUCAGCAUGAGCAAGUACCUGCUGGGCAUCUUGGCACUGGUGGCUGUGGGGGUGCUGAUCAUCACUGGUGGCAUCUACGACCCAGUGGAUGGCCCUGUGGAAAGCGUGGGGAGCUGGGACUUGGCUGCUGGAGAGCAGGAGUCGCUGCUGUCCACUGACAGCAAUGACUCACAGCAGAAGCCGCCUCUGCCAGAUGCUGGGGACCCCCAAAGCAUGCAGUCCAUGAACCAACUCCUGGACAAGCUGGCCAAGGAAAACCAGGAGAUCCGGCUCAUGCAGGCGGAGCUGCAGACACACAAGGAUGAGCUGCGGGCGCUGCUGCAGAGGAGCGAGGGCCAGGCAGCUGCAGCGGGGGCGCAGCAGCAGGGCCUGGCCAAGGAGAACGCGCGGCUGCGCGCGGCACUGGAGCGGGAGCCAGGCAAAGGCUGGGGGAAGCCAUCUCACAGCCACCCCCAGCAAGGCUCCCGUGAGCUGCCCCUGCUCAAGCGGUACCGGGCACCGCAGGGCUGCUCAGGGGUGGCCGACUGCGCCCGCAAGGAGGGUCGGGAAGUGCUGGGGGCUGUGCUGGAGCCAGUGCAGAAGGCGCAGUUCCUGCGGCUGCUGGAGAGCUUCAUGGGGCGCCUGGGCUUGGGGGGGCACUUUGGGGGGCUGGCAGCACGGCUGGAUGGGGUCUUUGGGGCUGACGGGGUCUUUGCCCACGACCGCCUGCGGUUUGUUGACUUCGUGGAUGAUGUGGAAGAGCUGCUGGAGGAGGUGGCGUGGCAGGAGGGGGGUGACAAGAAAGCGGCCGAUGGCUUCGAGGAGUACAUGCUGCAGCACUACAGAGGGCUGGGCCCCGACGUCUGCACCAUCCUGCGCCUCUCCGGGCCCCUCAAGGAGCAGUACGCCAAGGAACAUGGCCUCAACUUCCAGCGGCUCCUGGAUGCCAGUGCCUACAAGGAGACGUUCCGACAGGACAUGAUCCACUGGGGCGAGGAGAAGCGCCGUGCCGACCCUGGCUUCUUCUGCCGGGCAGCGGUGGAGGGGGCGGUGCACCCGGUGUGGGUGGUGAGUGACACACGGCGCCUCUCGGAUGUGGAGUGGUUCCGGGACGUCUAUGGGGACGUGGUGCAGACCGUGCGGGUGGUGGCUACCGAGGAGACAAGGAAGAGGAGGAACUGGGUCUUCGUCACUGCUCUGCUGCUGCCAGGGGUGGACGAUGCCGAGUCUGAGUGUGGCCUGGACCAGGGAGUAGCCUUCGACUGGGUGAUCACCAACGACGGGGAUGAGCUGGCCUUGGGCGAGCAGCUGGAGACGCUGCUGCAGGCGCUCCACAGAAGCCUAUAGCUCCAUGUCCCUCCACUGAGGCUUGGGGACCACAUCCCCCCUCCCCAGCCCCCCAGCAUCCUCCCUUCCACCUUUUGCCAGCACUUCCUGUUCUGGAAUAAAGCUCCGAUAUGGAGAACCACUGCCACGCU